UCUCUGAAAAAGUCACGUGGGUAAGUGAAAACCCUAUGUUCCGAGUUCCCUUCUUCGCCUGUCGUCGUGGGCGCAGCACAUUCAUCGACUGUGGGCUGGCUCCAGAGCUGUGCACUCGUCUGAUCGACAAGUUGGGUAUUUCGACACCAACAGUUGUACAGAGUAAGAGUCUGAGAGCUGUGUUGGAGGGGAGACAUGUAGUGGUCAAUGCUGAGACUGGUUCAGGGAAGACCCUGUGUUACCUACUACCGUCAAUUCAGGCUCUCCUCCGCAUAUCUGGACGUCAGAGUUCACCUCAUUCCCUGGUGUUGGUCCCCACUCCAGACCUAGCAGUACAGGUGGGUGAGGUGUUCCUGUCAGUGGCAGGUCCUGAGGUCCACUGCAGCGUGGUGUACGGGUCCAGUCGACUCUCCCUCCUUCCCCACACCCACCUCGUUGUCGCCACCCCUACCUCGUUAAUGAACUACGACCUCCAGCGACUCCUGCGAGGGGUGCAGCUGAUGGCGCUGGACGAGGCAGAUGCUCUACUGACAGGAGGCCAGAAGACUGCCACCUCGCAACUCCUGAAGAUGUUCAGAAACCUCACUGGGAGGGGAGAGCUGGCCAGGCAGGUGAUAGUGGCUGCAGCUACACUACCUGGCGGAGGACCGCAGACUGCAGGGUCCCUGCUGGCACGCUGGCUACCUCGAGACACUGUCUACGUCACAACCAGCCUCACUCAUCACACAGUUUCAUCCUCACAUCACACCUUCACCUAUAUCACUGAGACCACACCCACAUCACGUGAUUGGCCGGCGGAGUUGAAGUUGAGUCAACUGAAGAGAGAUUUGGAAGAUCUCCAUGGCAACCAGUCAAGAAUUCUUGUGUUUGUCAACACACAAUCGACUGCAGAACUCGUCUACCAACAUUUGAUUGAAAUGGGUGGGGUAACCACGCCCCCCUGGUGGGUGGGUCAAGUGAGACAGCUGCACGGAGGGAUGAGUGUGGAGGAGAGGGGGGAGGUGGUGAGGGGAGUGAGGGAGGGAGAAGUGAGGGUUCUCGUAGCCACAGAUCUGGUGUCUCGCGGAAUUGAUCUCCCAGAUAUUACAGCCGUCGUUCAGUUUGACUUCCCUGAAAACUCCGCCCACUACCUCCACAGAGCUGGACGGACUGCCCGUGCCGGCAAGGAGGGUCAAGUACUAUCCUACAUGGAGGAGAAGGACAGAGAUCUGGGGCAGGAGAUCAGGAGAGUGCUGGACGACAGAUCACUGUCUUUCCAGGAGAUCUUCAGUAGAAACAAGAUGCUUCGCAGAAAGAUCAAGGCUCGCAAGUCACGGCAGUCAAACACACUCCAACAUUAAUAUCUAGUUGAUUCACCGUAUCACACACCACACCAUUGAAUUAAAGUGCAAACCCUCUUCUGUUGAUGAUGAAAAUUGCAAAAUAGUACACGACUUGCACAUCUCAACAAAAACAAAAACAAAAUUUUUAACAACAGGCACAUGUCAUCCAGCAUGAGCUGUAUUGUACAGGAGUUGUGCUGUGUUCAAUGUUGGCUCCAUUGAAUAGACUUGAUGUCAAUUCCUUCCUUCACCAUCUCAUACAGUGGACUGUGGAGACACACAGAGUUUAGAGACCACACCCCCUGCCACGCCCACCUCACCUCAUCUCCCUGAGAUGGUUGACGCUGGCAACGCAGCGGUCCAUUGUGAAAUCCACCUCCUCCUCUGUGGUGAACCUCCCGAUACCAAACCUGAUGGAGGAGUGGGCGAGGUCUUCGUCUGCACCCACUGCCCUCAGGACAUAGGACGGCUCCAGGGAUGCUGACGUACAGGCACUG